AUGAAGCAAUGUUGUGCAAUAAUAAAAAAAUUGCAAAGACACAUUCAAAUAACAAAAUGGAGAUCAAGAUUCCAAGAAAGUGGAUCUUCAUUAUUAACUCCCAAGCAACCCACCAGAGGACUUUCAGUCAUCCAACAAAACCACCAUCAAGGUCCAUACAUUUAUUUAGAUAGGACAGUUUGUACCAAACAAAUAUACAAUUUUAGGAAUAUUCAACAUGUUCGAAAAUAUUCAAAAAAUGCUAGGUCAGGAAGGCAACCAAACUUUUUUAGUCAGUUUUUUGAAAAUGUCAAACAAGAAAUGGCAAAAAAUAAAGAAAUGAAAGAAAAUUUAAGAAAAUUUAGAGAAGAAGCAGAAAAAUUGGAACAGUCUGAAGCGUUGAAAAAAGCCAGGGCUAAAUACAUGACUGUGGAAGGUGAAGCAUCGUUACUCAAAGCAAAAUUAGAAAAAGUCAAAGACACAGUUUCUGGAGUUAUCGAAGAAGCGAGUAAAAGCGAAAUAGCCAAAAAAGCAGGCAAAUUAUCAGAAGAAAUUGGUAAAUCUGCACGUGACGCCGCAGAAUCUUUAACGGCCAAAGGUCAAAAGAUAGGAGAUACGGAUGCAUUUAAAACAAUAACCGAAGCUACGGCCGUCGUAAGAGAUGAACUCGAACAAAGCGGUUCACAAGCUAGAGUUUACGUGUCUCCCAUUAAAUUAAGGAAAAGGUUAGAAACACCCGAUGGGGAAACGAGAGUUUAUGCUGCGGAUGCUACAACCAUGGACAUCGAAUUGCACAAAGAUUCUAAAUUUUACGAAAGUUGGCAAAACUUUAAAAAUAAUAAUCCUUACGUUAAUAAAAUAUUGGAUUGGAAAUUGAAAUACGAAGAAUCCGAGAAUCCCAUGAUACGUUUAAGUCGACUAUUCACGGACAAAGUAACUUACAUAAUGGGUGGAAUUUUUCAAAACACGGAACUAUCGGAAACUCUAACGGAAAUCGUAAAAGUCGAUCCGGGAUUCACGAAAGCUAAAUUUUUACACCAGUGCGAAACGGAUAUAAUACCAAACAUAUUGGAAGCCAUGGUUCGAGGAGAUUUGGACAUAUUGCGGGACUGGUGUCACGACGGUCCCUACAAUCUCCUUUCUCAACCCAUAAAACAAAUCAAAGCCAUGGGUGGAAAAUUGGAUUCGAAAAUUUUAGACAUUGAAGGUUUGGAUUUAACCGUUGGUAAAAUAAUGGAUCAGGGUCCGGUUUUAAUAAUAACUUUCACGUGUCAGCAAAUUCAAUGCGUUCGAGAUAAGAAUAAUAAAGUCAUAGACGGGGAUCCCCAAAAAGUAAUGAGAGUCAAUUACGUUUGGGCACUCUCGCGAGACAAAUCAGUUUUAGAUCCGAAAGCUGCUUGGAGACUCUUGGACAUAUCAUACGAAUGCAUGCAACAGCUCGUUUGA